AUGACUGAGGACCAGUUUGCGCUGAAGCUGUUCCCCGUGUAUCGCUACUUCGUGACGGUGUGGCUGCGGAACAACACCCCGGAGGUCUUGAGGCAGAUCCUGGAGAUGUCCUUCAUCACCAACAGCCCAGUCCCGCAGAUGCAGCUGCACACCAUCUUCACGGAGCUGCAUGUCCAGGUGUGCUCCAGGGACCCCACCCAGCAGCGGUUCAGCAGCCAGAACCUGGCGGAGAUCGUGCACUGCUUCAUAGCCCUUGCCCGCUCCUACCCCAAGGAGCUGAUGCAGUUCUUCCUCAGUCAGAUGGAGAUGAGCAAGGAGGCCGUCCGCGUGGGGACCCUGGCCCUGAUCGGGACAGUGGUGAGCACAGAUGAGCCCAGAAUGAGCAUCAGGACCAUCUCCCUGGCCAUCCAAGUGGUCAAGAACACACUCUCCGACACCUGGUCCAAGGUGAGGAUGGCCAUGCUCCGCAUCAUCGGGCAGCUGGCCCUGUCUGGAUUCCAGGACAGGAUCAAAGGCUGGGGCCUGAAGUACGUGUCUGUGCAGCUGACCUUCUCCACCUACAAACUGGGAUUUUGGGGGAGGGUCCUGUGCUGCAUCAUGGAGACGGACUACACGGAGGCCUUGACCCCCAUCUGCGGCGGCCUCACCAACCUGGCCGAGAACCAGCUGCACGCCAAGGACGAGCAGGCCAACGCAAGCAAGAGCAGGCACGUGGACCUGCCCGCACCACAGAAGCUGCUGGCCCGACUCCUGCAUCCUCUGCAGGGAUGCUCUGAUCCUGGGAAUCCUCGGAGCUCUGCUUGA